UGGGGAAUUGCCUAGGUGCUUGGUAUAUAAGAAGCAGCCCAGAGGCCGCCGCUAGCAUUCCUAUACGAGCACUUCCACUGGAUAAAUCAUUUCGUGAUCAGGACAUCUUGGAAGAGAAUUUAAAAUGAAAGUGUUUGUCAGUGCUCUGUUGAUCAGCUGCUUGGUGGCUCUGAGUCUGGCCAGGCCACAGGAAGGUGCCCAGUUCACAGAUGAAGCCAUCCGACAGGCCCAACAGUCCUACCUCAUUCCCCAGGAUGCUAAAAUCCAAAAAGUGGAACGAGGUAUCGAACUGGCUUCUUACGAAUCCAUCCCAGCUCGCCAGAAGAUCGAUCUCCAAGCAAUUCUUGGUGAUCAAGUACCACUAGACGUGAUCGCUAGGCUUCAGCCUCAAGUAGACAAUAUUGGAUACGAAUGAACUGACACCACUCCUUCCUAGCUCAUAUCCUCAUCCUUUGUCCCGUCACCAUCCCUUCCGAGUAGGUAUUGAGCAAAGGACACCAGAGGCAUAAUCCUCUCUCUCUCUCUCUAUUGCCCACAAAACAGGGGAAUUUCCAAAUGUUGCAUCCAGAGAAACUCUUCUGCAUUCUUCCAUAUCAAGUGCCAGAAGCAAUAGAAUUCAGUGUGACAGUGUUUCUUGUACAGCUCAAAGCAGUGUUAAAAGUGCAAACACAUUGAUCGUCAGAACGAUAAAAUGGUUUUGCCCGUUUUGUCCCAAACUUUCUAUCCACAUCUAUUUUGUUUUUCUUAAGUGAUAUUGCAAGUUUUUCAAAAUGUAUUUUAAAUUAAAAAAAGUGGUAACAUUCCUUAUAAACUCUAGUGAAUAAAAACGUAAAUGUCGCUUUAUGCUCUUAUUGUAUCGAAUCGAAAGGUGAAUUACACAAAAGUCCUUGA